UUCAUUCCAUCCCAUCAUGUAUAGCAUACAAAAGAUACAUAGAAAUGAAAUUCCACAUGUUCAACCUACACCAAUCACCAACCCCCGUUUUCGAUCCAGUCACUUCUUCUAUACGCAUUGAUCUUCAUUAUUGCAAUUUUCAACUGAUAAAGACUCAAACUAUUUGUUCUCAAGGCAUAUGAUGCGGAAGCCGAUGAAGAACAGAUAGAAGAGAAUCACUACUACUCACCCCGCCCAUUUAUAGAAUGGUAUACUGUGCAAGAUGCUGCUUGCACUACUCCAUGAGAGGUUUGAAUUUCUUUGUCAAUAUCUUUGGUGUCGUAGUGAUCAUCUACACCCUCUGGCUGCUCAAGAAGUGGCAGGAUGGAGUUACUGAGCUGCCUCCUGUCCCAAUGGUACCUAAGCCAUGGUUUAUAUAUGCAUGUUUAGGUGUGGGAAUCGCUGUCUGUUUCAGCACUUUCUACAGCUAUCUGGUUGCUCAUUGCAUCACCGAUUCUACUCUUCUUCUCAUUUACAUAGUCUCCAUCCUCACUCUUCUCUGCCUUGAAGUUGCAGUGGUUGUAGCAAUUUUCUACAAGAUGAACUGGGCAGCGAAGCUUGCAGAGUACAUAGAAGACGACCCUAAGUUCAAGAACUUCAUGAUAUUUCAUCUUUACUUGUGUCGUCUCAUUGCUAUUCUAAUUUUGGUACCGCAGGUCAAAUGUACAAUUUUAGCAAUCAUUCUUUGGGCUAUUGGUACCGAGUCACUCACUCACUGCAACUACUCUGAUCAUGUAACUGAGUUUAGAUAUUAUUCAUUUUUGGUGAUACCAAGCCCAGCUUCUCUACUCAAUAUGACAGGAAAUGGCUUGCCAAGAUCAGAUCAAUACCAAUAUCUGCCACGGCGUAGCUUUUUCUCACAUAUCAACAGAUUUUUCAGAAUGCAAUUCUAUAGAAGAGUCACACUUAGUUAG